UUCCUUUUCAAGCAAUCUAGCGUUUUGGAUUAAACCCUAAAAAACUCCAUCUUUUUUUUUUUUUCCAGAUUCUCUCCAAUGCUAUUCACAUUAUAAUCCGUAGUCAAUUUAAUUACCGAAUCAAAAAUGACAAGCUCUCCCAUGGAGAUUUCCAUUCCAAAAGUCGACGACGUCAAGAUCUGCGAUCAAAACGUCGUCCCUUUAGUACCACCCCCGGCGUCGCCUUCUACUGUGCCUCUUGACAAAUUUCGUGUUUCCGUUGAAGUUUGCUUAAAACCUUCAAGCACAGCUCGGCCUGAUGAUGUCCAAAAAGCCGUUGAACAAAUGCUUGAAAAGAGAAGCCUGAGCUACAUUGAUGGUCCCAUACCUGUGCCUAACGAUGAUCAAUUUCUCAUGGAAAAUGUAUACAGAAUCUGUAUAUGUGACACAGAUGAAUGGGUUAAAAGCCAUGAUAUUCUUUUGUUCUGGCAAGUGAAACCUGUUGUUCAUGUCUUUCAGCUUAGUGAGGAGGGACCAUGUGAGGAAUUAACUGCGGAUGGCCAGUUGUCUAGCUUCAAUGAAUGGAUCCUACCAGCUAAGGAAUUUGAUGGCAUGUGGGAAAGCUUAAUCUAUGAAUCUGGCCUAAAGCAGCGGUUAUUGCGUUAUGCAGCCAGUGCAUUACUUUUUACUGAAAAGGGUGUUGAUCCUUUCCUUGUGUCAUGGAAUCGCAUUAUUCUUUUACAUGGGCCUCCAGGGACAGGAAAGACAUCUUUAUGCAAAGCAAUGGCACAAAAAUUAUCCAUUAGAUUCAGCUCCAGAUAUCCACAGUGCCAAUUAAUCGAAGUUAAUGCACAUUCAUUGUUUAGUAAAUGGUUCUCUGAGAGUGGCAAGUUGGUUGCAAAGCUUUUCCAAAAAAUUCAAGAAAUGGUGGAGGAAGAACACAAUCUGGUAUUUGUUCUAAUUGACGAAGUUGAAAGUCUUGCUGCUGCUAGAAAUGCUGCUUUGUCUGGUUCUGAACCUUCAGAUUCCAUUCGGGUUGUAAAUGCGCUAUUAACUCAGAUGGAUAAGCUGAAAUCAGCUCCCAAUGUUAUAAUUAUGACUACGUCCAAUAUAACUGCUGCUAUUGAUAUUGCAUUUGUUGACAGAGCCGAUAUCAAAGCAUAUGUGGGUCCUCCAACUCUUCAAGCUCGUUACGAAAUUUUAAGAUCCUGCUUGCAGGAGCUUAUGCGGACAGGAAUUAUAUCAAAUAUCCAGGGUUCAAGCCAAUACAUCCUUCUAGACUAUGCUACGUUGAAAGAGAAACUGAAUAUAGAUGAGAAUCAGGAGGUUCAAACAACUAUUCACCUGUGCAAGCAAUUAGCAGAGGCUGCUGAAGCAUGCGAGGGAUUGAGUGGAAGAGCAUUAAGAAAACUACCAUUUUUGGCGCAUGCAGCUCUCGACAACCCUUAUUGUUGUGACCCUAGCAACUUGUUGAACACAAUGAUAGUCACGGCGCGGAGGGAGCGUUCGGAAUUACCGGAUUGAAGUAAUGAAUGUCUGAAUUGGUGUAAAAUUGAUAUGAUGUUUUCAUGCUAAAUUUGUUAAAUCUUUAGCAACAUUCAGUGCCACUGGUGUCUUGUCUAUCCGACUAUAAAUCUUCGCAUGUAAUGAGAAUAUAGGCUACGGGAAGAGAUGCAGAU